AUGGGCUCCAGCUCUUCAUCCUAUGCCCCCAGAACCAUCUACCUGGAUGUGGAAGGCAAAGUACAGAAGGUCCUGUUCAGUCGUCACUGUAGCCCAUGUGACAUUAAAGAAUUGCUGUGUUCCUCAUCCAACAUCCCCAGAAACACAGCUAUAAUGCUGAUGGACCCUGAGGGGUCUCUGCUGUCUAUAGAUCCUACCAUGCCUACAAACUCUGCCAGUUCACUGUACAAAGUCAUCCCGGUGUCCGACAGACAGCUGGGAGAGAAGGAAGACAUGUUCCAGAACGUGAUAUCACAGGUGGCAGAGCAGUUCAGCAGGGCCUUCAAGAUUGACGAACUGAAAACGGAAGUAGCAAACAGGCUGGCUACACUGGAGAAGAGAGUGGAGCUAGAAGGUGUGAAGGUUGUGGAGAUUGAGAAGUGUAAGAACGACAUGAAGAAGCUAAGAGAUGAAAUGACGUCUAGGGGAGGAAGAGUGAAUUGCCCAUGUAAGUACAACUUCUCGGAUGAUGGAAAGAAAUUAACCCCUAGGCGUGACGUGCCUGACUAUCCAAAGUACACACUGUCUCAGGAGACGAUUGAAGCUCUGAAGAAACCGACCUUUGAUGUCUGGCACUGGGAGCACAACGAAAUGCUGAGCUGUCUGGAGUACAUGUACCAUGACCUAGGCCUGGUGAAGGAGUUCACCAUUAAUCCCAUCACUCUCAAACGCUGGCUGCUUGCCAUUCAGGAGAAUUACCGUAGCAACCCCUUCCAUAACUUCCGCCAUUGCUUCUGUGUUAGUCAGAUGAUGUAUGGCAUGAUCCACCUGUGCAACCUUCAGGACAAGCUCACACUGACAGAUCUGGGCAUGUUAAUGACAGCUGCAAUAUGCCACGACCUGGAUCACCCUGGAUACAACAACACGUAUCAGAUAAAUGCCCGCACAGAACUAGCGGUGCGCUACAAUGACAUCUCUCCUUUGGAGAACCACCACUGUGCCGUUGCCUUCCAGAUCCUCGCGCUGCCCGAGUGCAAUAUCUUUGCCAAUGUGGACGCUGAGGCCUUUAAACAAAUACGGCAGGCAAUCAUUACGCUGAUUCUGGCUACAGAUAUGGCCCGCCACAGAGAGAUCCUGAACUCCUUCAAGCACAGAGUUGACAACUUUGACUUCACCAACGAGGAGCAUGUGACUUGUCUGAAGAUGGUCCUGAUUAAGUGCUGUGACAUUUCCAACGAAGUCCGACCCACAGAAGUGGCCGAGCCGUGGGUGGACUGCCUGUUGGAGGAAUACUUCAUGCAGAGUGACCGAGAGAAGUCAGAGGGUCUGCCCGUCGCUCCCUUUAUGGACAGAGACAAAGUGACCAAGCCCACUGCCCAGAUUGGCUUCAUCAAGUUCGUCCUUAUCCCCAUGUUUGAAACGGUCAUGAAGCUCUUCCCACAGAUUGAGGAGAUCGUGGUUCAGCCCCUGCGGGACUCGAGAGACCACUAUGAAGAGCUGAAGCAGAUCGAUGAGGCCAUGUCUGAGGCACAGAAGAAAAAAACAGAAAAUAUGUCAUUAGGAAGGAAGAAGGAAUGA